CAUGUUUACCCCUGCAGACAACGGGUAGGGUAGCGGGAAACCCGGAGAGGAAUAAAAUCAGCCUGAGUGACUAGCCUAAGUGCAGAGCUGGGGGCCAGGAGGACCAGGCAGACUCUAAGUUCAGGUGCGCUGAGUUCGCAGGGCCAGCAGACGCAGAUCUCUAAGGACGCACUUACUGCUCCUGUUGACGUCCUGCGUGGCUUUCAAUUGGCUUGUCAAGGGGGCUGGAGGAAACCCUGAGGCGCCCAGAGAAGUUUGGGGCAGAGCGAGGGGAAAGCGCCUGGUUCUGCAGAGGAAUCCAGGAGUCUCAGCUCCACCCCUGCAACAAGGCAAGAGGACAAAUCACAAACGACUCGGAGGGGUGGGGGUUAGAGGCGUGGGGACAGUCUCCAGCCACUAGAACGUGGGGGAGCGCGUCCUGAGGUCCUGAGACAGCCAGAGUGUAUUGGGAGUGCGGAGUGUGGGAAGCUCUAGCAGCUUCCCUGCUCGGGAGUGGAGGGGACAGGCACGAACAUCCCACCCCAAACUGCUCGCCCUACGCUGCUGGGAUUGCGCAGCCAAGAGAUCAAAAGGAGGAAGGACAGCGAGCGGAGCUUAGGACACGGGUCUCCCGGUCCUCAGAGGCGGGAAGGAAGCAGCCCACAGCGGACAGGGCCUCCCAGGUGCUGCACCGACAGCAUGAGUUUCCCGCGAGGUUCCCACGAUCGGGCGGCCAACAACUCCAGCCGGUGGUGGCCUCUGAGCGCCGAGGAUGCCAACAGCAGCCGGGAGGCAGCGGGGCUGCUCCAGGAAGGUAACGACCCUCCCGGGGAUGUGCGCAACGAGGAGCUGGCCAAGCUGGAGAUCGCCGUGCUGGCGGUGAUUUUCGUGGUGGCCGUGCUGGGCAAUAGCAGUGUGCUGCUGGCGUUGCAUCGCACGCCACGCAAGACAUCCCGCAUGCACCUCUUUAUCCGACACCUCAGCCUGGCAGACUUGGCGGUCGCCUUCUUCCAAGUGUUGCCACAGCUGUGCUGGGACAUCACCUACCGCUUCCGCGGGCCGGACUGGCUGUGCCGCGUGGUGAAGCACCUGCAGGUGUUUGCCAUGUUCGCGUCCGCCUACAUGCUGGUGGUCAUGACCGCCGACCGCUACAUCGCGGUGUGCCACCCGCUCAAGACCCUGCAGCAGCCCGCGCGCCGCUCGCGCCUCAUGAUCGCUGCCUCCUGGGUGCUGAGUUUCCUACUAAGCACGCCGCAGUACUUCAUCUUCUCUAUGAUCGAAAUCGAGGUGAACAACGGUACCAAAACCCAAGACUGCUGGGCUACCUUCAUCCAGCCCUGGGGUACCCGUGCCUAUGUGACCUGGAUGACCAGUGGUGUCUUUGUGGUACCUGUGGUCAUCUUGGGUACCUGCUACGGCUUCAUCUGCUACCACAUCUGGCGCAACGUCCGUGGGAAGACGGCGUCGCGGCAGAGCAAGGACUCUGGGGACACCCCAGGUCCCUUCCACAAGGGGCUUCUGGUCACGCCUUGUGUCAGCAGCGUGAAGACCAUUUCCCGUGCCAAGAUCCGCACAGUGAAGAUGACCUUUGUGAUCGUGACUGCCUACAUCCUCUGCUGGGCGCCUUUCUUCAUCGUCCAGAUGUGGUCAGUCUGGGAUGACAACUUCAUCUGGACCGAUUCAGAAAACCCCUCCAUCACCAUCACGGCGUUACUAGCAUCCUUGAACAGCUGCUGCAACCCCUGGAUAUACAUGUUUUUUAGCGGCCAUCUCCUGCAAGACUGUGUCCAAAGCUUUCCAUGCUGCCAAAGCGUGGUGCAGAAAUUCACCAAGGACGACUCGGACAGCAUGAGCAGGAGGCAGACUUCUUACUCCAACAACCGAAGCCCCACAAACAGCACAGGGAUGUGGAAGGACUCACCUAAAUCGUCCAAGUCCAUCAAAUUCAUCCCUGUUGCCACCUGAGCCGCAAAGCCUGGCAGCCCCGACUCUUGGGGCAGGGGGUGGGGAAGGGGGCUUUUUGGUCCAUUUAUCUAAACCCAGCUAGAGCUCAUAAGAGCAGAUGGGUUUAUGUGAGAUGGCCACAAAUCAGCUCAACACAUAUGUUGUUUCUAGCUGUUUUCCUCACCGCUGUGACCAAAAGUGGAAUUAUAUUUGCAUAGACUAUUAAUGAAAAUGUGCUACACUGAAAUGUGUAGGCCUGGUUCAUAACCAUACUGACUUUAUAUUUUGUCGUUGAUGUUUUUUUUUUAUUGUAUUUUUAUUUCUGACCUAAGUGAGGCUUGAUUGGUUUAAGUCAUGUGAUGUGUACUGUUUCUCAACAAAGUGAAUUCGUGAUUUAAAAAGA